AUUGACGAACUGCAAUAAAAUUCUAAUGCAAUUGACGACUUUCCAUAAUUUAUAAAGCAUAUUCCUUAAGAGUUUAUAUUCCCUGUAAGAUAUAACACAGAUCUCUCAUAGUAGGUAAAUCCGAAAUCUAUCUCCCGUUGAAUUACACGUGAAAGUUGAAUAACUCCUUGCAGCCGGAAAAAAAAAUAAAAAUUUCUGCUUCUGUGACCGAAUCAGUUUUUCUCUAUCUCAAGGUGAAGCAUGUAUAAUCCUCCAUCGGAUGUAGCACGAAUCGCUGGAGAUCAAUGGAAGAAAAACGAGAUCAGGAUUAUCUGUCGAGUGACAUCGAAUAGGCAUGUUUUCGGCUGACGUCGUCCUGCCCGAAGCCACCGAGAUCAAAAGCGAGGGAAGAAAACUCUGAGUUCGUAGGUGCCUACGUUUCUCUUCACGCCUCGCUUUGAUUGGCCAACUUUGACCUGCUCCUUUUGUUUAGAAUGGGAGCUCCUCUUUGUUAUAUAAUGGGAUGUAUAUCAUUGCUGUUAAUUGUUUAAAUAGAAUAUUCUCACAAAAAAGGUAAAUUCUAAUCUGUUUAUCCCUCAAUUUAAAGUACAUUAAAAAUGAACGAAAAGAAAUUAAAAAGAAAAUAUCCAUGGAAGAUGUUGAUACCACUAUCUAAAUUUCACUUGAACUUGACGAACAUCUGACACAUACCUCUUUUUAACGCCCACGUUCACGCAGCUUCAAUCCAUAUAUUUUUUAUUGACAAAUUUGACAUAUGUGAUUUUUAUAAAUGUCAAAUUUUUUUAAUUCACGAAUUAGAAACUGCAAAAUUUGUACAGAAGUAUGGAUAUUUGUCCACCGAAUUCAGAGAAGCAUCCUCGCCGAAAAUCCAUUAUCGAGGCUAAAAAUAAAAUUCGUUUAGGUCACGAUGAGUGCUGCAACUGUUGCUGCUGUUGUACAUUUCAGCCUGCAUGUUACAAAUAUGUUCAACCAAAGAUUCCAAAGUCCUAUACUCCUAUUCGCUAUUAUUGGCGUUCUCAUGUACCAAUGGACGAUAACACAACUUACCGACUCUCAUAUUGGGAAGGACCUACGUCGUCAGUGGAUCCCUUUCGUCCUGAAGAUUCUUUGACUAUAGCAGAUAGUCCCAUGGCUGAUGAAACGACACAUAAAUUAAGCUUUCUAGGAAAUUGGUGCAUUCCGCCUGAAACUUCAAUAACUCCCUGUGAAAAGCAAUGGCUGGGUAGAGGUCCAAUGCAAGAUGUUACAACCCAAAAACAUGAUUACAUUUGGAAACACGGUGAAAGAACAGAAGCGUAUAAUGCGCGCCAGAAUUUAUAUUGUCCUGCUUCAACUAUGUCUGAUGACACAACUUAUAGACUUAGCUACUAUGGCUCCGCAUGUAAUAUUCCAAUGAAAUCAUAUUCACCAAUUAGAAGAUAUGUAAAAUCGGAUGUGCCUAUGGAUGGAUGCACAACCUACAGAUUAAGUUACUGGCCUAACGAGAUGCCAGCGAAGGAAGAGUGUCCAUGGACUAAACAAAAUGAAUACCAUCCUCCAAUACAACCUAUGGAUGUUUGUACGACUUAUAAAUUAAGUUAUUGGCCUAAUUGCCAAGAACCCCGAAAGCCAUUCAGUCUUCAGGAAAGUAACAAUAUAUUAAAUGCAAAUUGCUGCUUUGAUGAUAAUACUACUUACAAGCUUAGUUACUAUGGUUGUGGAAGUGAUAAACGUGAAACUAUAAGACAGACAGAAAACGUUAUAUUCUCUUCAUGUCCACUUUCAUAUGAUACAACACAUCGAUUGAGUUAUGUGGGCAAUUGGUGCGUAAAACCAGAAAAUUCAAUCACUCCUUGUGAGAAGCAAUGGCUGGGCAGUGGUCCGAUGCAAGAGAUCACCACGCAGAAACAUGAUUAUACUUGGAAACGUAUAAAUCCAGAACGUGGUUUCAAACUGCAAGAAAACUUAACAUUAUCAUCACGUCCGUUAGAAUGUAAGUUUUUAACUAGAGUACGAAAUUCAAAUUUUAACAACAUGCGCAAUGUACAUAAAGUAUUCAUUUCAUUUUUUUGGGGAAAAUUGACUUCUGAUAUAUUUUAUAUUAACAACGAAUAUUUUACUAUAAUCUGAUGAAAAGAGGCUUGACAAAAAAAUUGUUGUAUUAUUUUCAAAGUUCUGAACACACUUCUUUUGUGAUUUUUGAAGAAAUAUUUUUAGGUACUUGUCUUGCUACAAUAUCAUACAAAAGUAAAAUCCAAUGUAGAUAUGGAUAAGUUCCAAUGCUUUGCUUCAAAUGUCUUAUAAUAUAUUAGGUGGG